AUGGUGGAUUGGAAAGAACUUUACUCAACACGACAUCUCACUGACCUUACUGUUACGGAAAUUUUAGAGAGCAUUCUUGCCUGUCAAACCGGACGCAUAGAAAAAUUUAAUAGGAUCAUCUAUUUCGGAUAUGAUGCCAAAGACACUCUUUUACGACAUUCCGCAGCUGCUGUAAACAGCGAGGACUUUUUGGCUCGACGUAAUGCUAUCCUGGGCUGCCUUCAUCGAACAAUAGCAAUUCGGCAAUGGAAUGACCUGAGAAUCGGAAAACAUGUUUCACUCGAGUGUGCCCUUGGUGCUUUUGAUAUGUUUGUGCUUAAAACAAGCAGAGGGGAUUUAGACGACAUAUCUCAAAAGCUAGGUGAAAUUGUUUCCUUGAUCCUUACCGAAUGCCCUUCCAUUGUUGAUUUCAGUCCACGGGAGAGGGCCCUUCGCAUCGCACAAUAUUUAAGAGAGAAUAACUUGACUGGAAUUGACCCUGGAUCGGACUUUUACAACCUAGAACAUAAUUUCCUUGGACUUGCCCUGCGCGACGAGCGGCAUAAUUCAGUGCCUCUUAUUUCUGCCGCUAUCUACUGCUAUGUUGCAAGGAAAUUUGACUUGAAUGCGCAGCUUUGUGGGUUCCCUUUCCAUGUUCAUGUUUUAAUAGAACCGGAAUACGGAUAUGAUAUGGAUGGCUGGCGUGUGGAAGGUGGAACACAAGGUCCCCCGAUGUACAUGGACCCUUUCCGGUCUGUUCGGGAGACGCCCGUAUCUGAGCUGCAGAGCCAGUUGAAUUUCUUGGGAACGCUAAGCCUAUCUCAAUCUACAUUCCUUCGUGAAUCAUUAACCGGGGAAAUAGUUCUGCGCUGCGGAAAAAAUAUCCUUAACGCCAUCAAACAGUCAACAAUGUCCACUGUCGUUUUGUUGGAUAUUACUAGUGCUGCAUACGCAGCAAUUUGGUCGUCAAUACUCUGUGCAAAUUACUCGGCACUAGAAAAUUCCCCCCAAGAACUAGGGUCACGAGUUCCGAUCGUUCAAUUCCGGCGCUAUCUUCCAUCCUUACUGGAGUAUUUCGCUACCAAUUUUCCGUUUGAUGUAUACCUCGUGGAGCAGUACUUAGUUCCUCUUUUUUACGGUUUCCCUGAAUAUGAUCAUCUUAAGGAAAGCGUAUACGUCAUGAAAGCGGGGGACCAGAUCCCUAAACAAAUUAAACGACGAACGGCGGAAUAUUCCAAUGUCAAGUAUCGGGUAGGCCAAGUAUUUCGCCAUCGACGGUAUGGAUAUGUCGCUGUUAUUGCAGGUUGGGACCCUGAGUGUGGGGCCGCUGAGCAUUGGAUGCAGCAAAUGGGUAUUGAUCGGCUCCGGGCUGGGAGGGUCGAGGAUGCAAGCGUACGAUACGUUGCCGAAGAAAAUAUACUGCCAAUCCAGCCGCAGAUCUCGGAGAUCCCUCGAUCGUUUUUGGAAUUUUUAGGAAAACAUUUUAAACGCUGGGAUUCGAUUGCGCAUUGCUUUGUGAGUAAUAUACGGGACGAAUACCCGGAUGAUUAG